CUUUUCACAGGGAAAGAAUGAAGAAAUCUUUGAUAGAUCGUUACUUGUCUUUCUGUUUUACUCAAAUUGGAUAUUUCGUCGGAAAAUAUCCUCAAUUUUGUGUCGCAGUCUCCUUUUUGGUCUUCUUGAUCAUGGGAAGUGGAUUUGUCAAUUAUUCUAUAGUCAGAGACAUAGAGUAUCUCUUCGCUCCAAUCGACGGAAGGGCCAAAAAUGAAAGACAAUCCAUCAACACUCUGUUUUCUAGCGAAGAAACGACCCAAGACGACAUGUUAAGGAUCACCUUUUUCAAUAAUUUAGUAAAUGUCAUUGUUGUGGCGAAAAACAAUGGAUUCUUGAUGGACGAUGCUCCCGUGAAAGAUUUAGUUCAGAUAGACGCCAUCGUCCGCAAUGUUAGCAUCUUCUACAAUAACAAGUUUCUUCAUUUCCGAGACGUCUGCGUUAAGAACGAGCGUAACAAAUGCUCCGAAAAUUCUGGUGCCGUCCUGAAAAAUAAGUUGCGAAACCCCGAUAAAAUUUUAAUGAGGUAUCCAAUAGAAAGAAGCGAUUUCGGGGUAGAAACGUACCCAAUACAUUUAGGAGGCGUGUCAACCAACGGAAGUGGAUAUAUAUUGAAUUUCAAAGCGUUUCGUAUGUUCUAUUUCAUGGAUUUCGGGACGGAAGAAAAGACCAGGAUAGCCGUAAAAUGGGAAGAAGCGGUAAUUGAUACGUUGUCUCGAGUUAAAUUUCGACACAUCGACGUUAUGAUGGCGAGUUCUCGCUCUUUCGACGCCGGAGCGACCGUUAACUCGAAAUUGAGUAUGCCGCUUAUGGCUAUAUCCGGACCUAUCAUGAUUUUGUUCUCGAUGGCAAGUUGUAUGACGUUGGACAUAGUCAGCAGUAAACCACUAGUCGGAUUGGCCGGACUCGUCAGCCCUUUAGUAGCUACUGCAGCUGCUUUCGGUUUGCUGCUACAUUGCGGAAUGGAAUACGUCGAUACGAACAUAGCGGUUGCCUUCUUAUUGAUAGGCAUAGGCAUGGACGAUUCCUUCGUCUUGGUGGCUUCUUGGAGACGAACGAACAAAGAAGAUAGCGUGAAAAAAAGGAUGAGCGAAGCCUUUUCCGAAGCUGGAGUAUCCAUCUCCAUAACUUCCUUCACCAACUUGGUCUGUUUCUGCGUAGGACUCGUUUCGCCUUACAAAACUGUUCGCAUCUUCUGCACGUACAGUGCUGUGUCUGUGUUGUUCGAUCUCAUCUACCAAAUCUUCUUCUUCGGAGCUCUUUUGGCACUCGACGGUUACAGAGAGCAACAUCGCCUACAUUCGUUUCUUUGUUAUCCCGUCAAACGAAAAGAUAUCGAAAAUGAAACGUCCGAAAUCGAAAAAGGCAAGACGGAAUCUGACAAAAGUGACGUGGCCAUGAAAUACGUCUCCGAAAAACUGGGAAAUCUUCUCUGUAUGAAAAUAGUAAAAUUGGUGGUAAUAAUCAUGUUUUGUAGUAUUGUUGCCGGAAGCGUGUACAAUAUGAGAAAUAUGAAACAAGGGCUCGAAUUCGUGGAUGCAUUUCCCUAUUCCUCUUACGUUACGAAAUUUAUUAAGGGGCACUAUCGAUAUUUCACAGACUAUCCGCACCCGAUACAAAUAGUUUUCAAUCGCAGUUUGGACUAUUCUAAUUCUAAUGUACAGGAAGACGUAGAGAAAAUUUUACAAACGUUCGAGAAUGCUCCUUACGUCGGAUCCGAGCUCUCUAUAUGUUGGAUACGAGAAUAUCUUUCUUUCAUUCGCAAUGACGAACUAAACUAUUUGAUGAAAGAUUUUAACACCAGCGAUUCUCGAGGAUUCGUAGAAGGACUGAAACGGGUAUUCUUGAGAAUAAAACCUUUCUCUCCUUUCCGAAAAGACCUAGUGUGGAAUAAAGAACGAAACCAAAUUCUAGCCUCUAGGUGUUUUGUGAUUUCAAAAGACGUCAGAAGUGGAAGCGAUGAAAAAUUUAUGUUGGAAGAUGUGCGUCGUAUCGCGGACGGUAGCAAACACCGGGUAUUUGUCUAUAAUUUCUGGUUCAUCAUAUACGAUCAAUAUUUAAACGUGCUGGCCAUGUGUGUGCAAAACGUGGGUGUCGCCUUAGGUAUGGUGAGUUUAAUACUCCUGAUUCUAAUACAAGACGUUCGAAUUACCGUCUGCGUGACCCUGAACGUACUUUGUAUUUUGAUACAAACUGUGGGCUACAUGAACUGCUGGAAGGUGAAAUUAGAUCUGGUCUCGGUCAUGACAUUAGUAAUGAGUGCGGGGUUCAGCGUAGACUUUUCGGCUCACGUGGCUUACGCGUACAAGUGUUGCCAGGAGGAGUCUUCCGAAAAAAAGAUCAAAGCUUCUCUGUAUGCUGCGGGUUAUCCGGUAAUACAAGGAUGUCUGUCUACCAUUUUGGGUAUAGUACCCUUGGCAUUUGGACCGUCGUAUUUAUUUCUUUUAUUUUUUAAGCAAAUCUUACUGGUUAUGAUUUUUGCCGCUUUGAACGGAUUGAUUCUCUUGCCAGUGUUGUUGAGUAUCGCAGAUUCUGUUCGUAUUCCCUGGAAAAAACAGAUAAUUGUCGACUCCUCCGUUGAAAAUAGACCUAUCUAAAAUAUAGAUAUUGGAAUAAUUUUCGGAAUUGAUACGAGUAAUCACUUGUUUCAAGCAAUCGAAUUAUUAUAUUACUGGUUUUUUCAAAUAACGUCGAUGAGUUAUUGUCGUUAAGUUAAUAAUUAUAUUUUGAACAUUGUGGCUUCUAUUUAUUUUUGCUUAGAACUGCGUCUAUUUAUGAUGUUUUAUAUGACCACGCGGAAGAUAUUGUACUUAAUGUAAUUAGGCAUGUUUGAAUAUAAAUCUAUUACGUUAUAUCUAGAUAAUUUAAACAGUUAUUGGAUUCUAUUUCUUUUUCAAAGUUAGUUUGAUCACGCUAGGCCUAAGUAUUGUUUGUAGUUAAAACUUGGAUUGUUAUUAUUAAAACUUUCAUUAUAUAUUAUUAAAGAAUUUUCUACACGUCUUAACAGGAAAAUACAGUAAUACCACUUAUUUUAGAAAUCUGUACACCUAUCAUACUUAUACUUUGGCUAAUUUAAGUUCAACAGCAGACCUCGUUGCAAUACCGUUUAUCUCUCUAUACGCUGUAUUAUUUAUUAUCUAUACACAAAGAAAUCAUCUAAUACAAAUUUUAUCCACUCGGUAACUUACGUUGUUUUUCUUUAACAUAUUUAUUAUAUGUACGUAAGCCUUUUGGCAGGAUAAAAAUAUACAGAAUCAUUAGUUUGGAUAUUUUUCAUAAUUUAAAUUUUAUUUGUGUUUAUAGUUUUCUAUAAACAAAAGUUUAACAGAAUCGUACCGUAACGAAACCGGAUGCGCCCUCAUUAUUAUCCUCCGAAAUGGGAAUCGUUAUUACCAUUUUUCUGACGUUCCGCAAAUUUUAUUAGAAAUGUCACGAGAUUUUCUCGCGAAUCGUUUUGGGUUUUAUGGGAAUUUGGAUUAUAAAUGUGUUUUUACUACACGAAACGUUCGAUCGAGAGAUAUAAGAAUCCAACCAAGUUUGGCUAUUUUUAAAAAUUGAAAAAUGUUCUAUGGUGAAGACGUUUGGCGGAAAUUACUGUAUUUGUAGAAUUCAUAAUUUUCUCCUUUUUCGAGAAUGACAGAGGACGUAAUAAGCAUUUUUAUCACUGGGCGACGCGAUUGAGAAAAUGUCUUUGCCAGAGUCGAUUUAAGAAUUUCAAUUAAAAUAUAGCUACAAAAUUAUGUCGAUGAAUACAACACUUUCGAUAUUUUGUAGCGUAAUUGAAUUUCAUAUAUUUAAUAAAAUGUGUAAAGUUAAUUUUGAAUUUUGUCUCUCGAUCCUUUAUUUUUACGAAUUAAACCGUUCGAGGAUUAUUUAUUAUACUGUAAUAAAUUUACGUCCAUUUACAAUUUACGUCUUUUACUCCAAAGACCGUCUCGAUGUAUUCGUGAUUGUAUUGAAUAGUACAGUAGAGCGUCGUUUAUCCGAAUCAAUUGGGGAAUGGGGUUGUUCGGAUA